CAUGCCGCGGAGCUCGCUGCCAGGGAGGCAGUCGAGAACUCCGCCGACCCCCCCAGGGUAGGGGGUACGGAUCUUCCCAAUGCGCUUGAUCUCCCGGCGGAAGCGGACUGUGGGAAAGCCAGUUCUUCCUCGGCCAGGAUCACUCGUAGCAUGUCGCGGAGCAAGCGCUCCACGCGACCUCUGCUGACGGCCCGCAAGGGGCGCGGGAUGAAGCUAAAGGGCAAGCCAUGAGAGCCCUAAUCUACAACAUUAGGGGCUUCGGCGAACAGGGUCGCCGCACGCAGCUCAAAAACUACCUGCGUCACAACCGCUGCGACAUCAUCGGUCUCCAGGAGACUAUCAAGGCGGACUUCUCAACCGCCGAGCUCCGUAGCCUGGAGUUUGGUAGCCAAUAUGUCUGGAAUUGGGUUCCGGCUGACGGACAUUCGGGAGGAAUGCUCCUUGGCUUCAAUGAUGAUACCUUCGAGCACUGGAGGGCUCUGGUCAGACCGACGGACCUGGCACUGGUGGACACGGCGGUGGGCGACGUCCGGAGGCUAUACUCGCGGACUAGAGGCGACAGGACUCCAUGAUGAGGAUCGUAUCCGUUGCAGCGCUUCUUUGUUCCGUAGCUAUUUGCCUCUUCUUAGGACCCAGGGGGGUUGGCUAUCUUCAUGUUUCUUAAGACUUAUCUUGUAUGGAACUGGUUAUUGUAUGACUUGUAUCGG